UCUUUAUGAAUGUGUCAUUGAAGCAGGAGCCUUACAUUUGGAAAUUUAACCAGGGAGCCAAGUGUUUCGACUACAACGCGUCCCUACAGUUGAUGGUUACAGGAGGCUCUGACCGAAAAGUCAGACUGUGGUCACAAUAUGUGACUUCAAGUCCUGUGGCCACACUGCCGGGUCACCACACCACGGUACUAGAUGUUGCAAUUUACCAACAUGUCGGGCAGAUCUUCAGCUACUCUAGAGAUGCUGAACUGAGAGUUUGGGACAUUUCUACCCAUCAGUGUUUGAAAGUUCUCCGUCUGCAGUUUCCCUGUCUGCAACCAGGUCGCAUCCCAGAACAUGGAAAUUUCCCCUUCCUGUUGCUUAGCCCUCCUCUUCCUGAUGAGAUGCAACCUCAUUUAGUGGUGGCCUGCAAAGAUUACCUGGCAGUGCUCAAUCUGUCAGAAAAGAGAAGAGGAGGAGGUGGUUGGUUGACUGAUGAGGAAUUCAGGACAGAAUUUAAACAGGGUCCAUACCUCUCCUGCGCCUUGUACAACCCCACCCUGAGGCAGGUGGUGACUGGACAUGCUGACUCAUCAGUCUUUCUGUGGGAUGUAGAGACAGGAAGGAGGCGGCUUUACAUUUUAAAUGCUCAUGGAGAAGAGGUGCUCUCCUCUAUGGCACUGGACUCCUCUCACAGAAGACUAAUCACGGGAGCUCGUAAUGGCACUAUUAAGGUGUGGAAUCUACUAAAUGGCCUAAACUUACACAAGCUGGAGCCCGUCACCAACUCUGAAGUCACUGGGUUGACCUGCCUCCAUGACAACCAUUUACUGGCUGUGGGGUGGAACCAGUGCAUCACUCAGUACAGCAUUGCAGGAGACAAGGACUUGAAGGUGAGAGCAGACACGUCCUGGAAGUCCAGCGGUGUCCACAAAUCAGACAUCUUGGCUGUGUGUCAGUGCUCCGCUCUGAGCGUUGUUGCUACAGCCAGUUAUGAUGGAGAGGUAGUGAUCUGGAGCAUGGAGACACAAGGACCGAUGCUCCACCUGCAGAGAGGGACGCAGGCACGGUCAGCUCUCCCCGUGGAUAGCAUCUUGUUCCUUCAGCAUCGAGCUGGCAGGAAACAAUUAAGAAACAAGGGUGUCCUAGUGUCAUCCCAGGGUGGUUGGCUGUGCUUUUGGAGCAUCACUGAUGACAAUCACAGUUAUGGUCAUUUCUACGCUCCAGAGCAGCCAGGUGAGCGUGUGCUUAGCCUGAACUCAGAUCAGUCUAAAAACACCAUUCUGGUCUCAGGUGACACAACGGGCUCACUUCAGAUUUGGGACAUUUCUUCCGUUGCAGUGGACAUCCAACCUGAGGCAACUUGUGAACAACCUCCACUGCUGCAAUCUUGGAGGGCUCACAAAAGGGCUUUGAUAUGUGUGGAAGUCCUUGAAGUGUUUGACAGACUGUUUGUCCUGACAGCAUCAGUUGAUGGUUCUGCUGGACUAUGGACAGAGGACGGCAAUCAUGUGGGGGUUUUUGGGCAAGAGGUGACGUGGAAUAUCACUGACCCAGGAACUUAUCAUAGGAAUACACGGAACAAUCUGAGAGAAGAGAGGAGGACUGAAGAUGAAAAUAUGGAAGGCAGUGACGUCCAAAAUCAAGUACCUGACCCUACUAGCCGUGAUCAGACUUCACAGGAAGAAUGGUGUUCUGAAGCUUCAUCCACCCAAGCAGGAGUGAAUGACCACGAGCAACCUCAGCAACCUAUGUAUUCAUGUGAGGACCUCUGCCAGACAGUAGCUUUGUGUUACGAGAGGAGAGGACUCUUUGAGGACAUCGACCACAGCAAUCGCUGCUGAUUGGCUGUUUCUUGUCUCUUCAGACUCAGGUGGUCCUGCUGGAGGCUUUAUUGAAGAUUUGCCCACAAUCGGCUGUGUGUUUUAUCAAAAUUUGACUGGCAG